GCCAUUUUACGUAUUGAUUUUAAUAGAAAAAGGAUUUUCAGUUUGGCUGGGGUUUGAAUUUUGAAAAUAUAUUUUAUAAGAAGUAAAAAAUAAAGUUUUUGAGAAAUAGUGAUUAAGUUAUAUAGUAGUGAUAAAUUGUCAUUAUUAUUUUGUUUAAGUGUGAUUGUGAAGAAAAAAUUUUUAAUUGAAGAGUCAUACGCGUAAUUGUACUAAAAGUUUCAACUCAAAGUUAUAAAUUUCUAAAUUAGUGUUUUAAGAUAUAAAAAUGGAAAGUUCAACUGGAGGACAAACUUCUUCAUCAUCGGGAGGGGCACCGUCUGGACCGCCUCGUGGUGGUUUCAGGGGGCGUGGUGGUUUUGAUCGUGGUAGAGGAGGCUUCGAAAGGGGUCGGGGUAGAGGUAUGGGACGUGGAGGUCCAAUGGGGAUGAGAGGUGGAAUGGGAGGACCACCAAUGAUGCGUGGCAGAGGAGGAAUGGGUUUCCCUAGAGGUGGUCCCCCUAGAGGAAUGGGAAUUCAAAGAGGUGGUCCACCAAGAGGAGGUGGACCGCCUAUGAGGGGGAGUGGAAGACCACCAGCACAUAAUAUACAAUUAACUGCAACUACGACUCCAACAGCUGAUGACAAACAAUCUUCUGCAACAUCGACUUCAGCAAAUGGAGGUUCAUCAGGUCCACCAACAGCACCAACAACUAAUGGAGGCCCACCAAGAGGAGCACCACGCGGGCGUGGUGGUCCGCCAAUGAGUAGGGGUCGAGGAGGGUACGCAGGCGGUAAUCAAGUUGGUGAUCCGAACAAAGUACUAACAAAACCAUAUGGUAUGUCAAGAGGCGGUGGUAUGAGUGGACUUUCGUCCAGAGGUCGUGGCUCGUAUCAAAGCGGUCCACCAAGGCCUCCUGCACCACAUUCAGCAAAUACACAAGUAGCUCCCGUUCCAACAUUAAAACGAGGAGCACCUUCUGGACCUCCUGGACCUAAAAGAGGACGUUAUGAUCAAGGGCCGUCGAGCAGACCUAUUGUAAAACAUCAGCAGCAAAUUCAUCAUCAAUCACAUGGAUAUCAACAACCUAGCUAUCAAUCUCACGAUCAAAUGCAACAUGUUGACCAAUAUUCGCAAUCAUAUGCAUCACAGGCUCCUCCAGCAUAUAAUGGAUACAGUCAGUCUGCAUAUGGACAACAGGCUCCAACCGGGUAUGGUCAACAAGAUUAUGAUCCAAAUCAAUAUCAAAGUUAUGGAGCAAACGCUGCAUCAUAUGGACAAGCUGAUACUAGGUACCAAAGUUAUGCACAAGAUUAUAGUCAAUCUUACGGUACAACUGUAGACUACAGCGCACCUCCACCAGACUAUUCACAACCAUCAGCCACGUCAUACGAUGAUAGAUCAUACGGUGGUUAUGAUGCCCAGGCAUAUCAACAGGGUUAUUCGAAUGCUAGCGGGUAUUACUAGGUUAACCACAUUUUAAGAUUAAAAAAAUGAAAAACAUUAAAAAUAUAAAAUAAUACUAAUUAAGUAAGCAAGUUAAAACAACAGAAAAUUAGUAAAAUACUUAAGAUUUUUAAAAAUAAAACAAAUAACAUAUUGAAUUAAGAGAAUUUAAUUUGAUUUUUCGACAUUGUAAGCGAAUGUCUCCUUUAAAAAUUGAUUGAAUAUAAUUUUUUUUUUAUUAUUUUUAUGUUUAUUAUCCAAAAAAAUGUAUAUGCAUCAAAAUGUAGAAAUAGAAAGGAAAAAAAAUGCAAAAAUCACUAAUUAAACAGAAAUAGAUAACAAAAAUAUAUUCAAAAUAUAAAUUGUUCCAAUGGUUAACAAUUCAACAAUUCAAAAAUAUUUUUUAAAAUUCAAAAUAAAUAUUAAAAAAAAAAAACAAACAAAUACAUAAAAAAUCUCUUUUUUUAUAAAAAUAAUAAAAUAUUAAAGAAUUUGCGCAGUUCAAAAAUUAUAGAAAUGUUUACAAAUAUUAAAAGUUAAAAAAAGUAUAAAUAUACAUAUAUUAAUAUAUGAAUGUAUAUAAAUACAUAAUAUAUAUAUAGUAUAUAAAUAGAAUAUGAAAUUUGAAAUGAUUUUAAGACUUAUCUUUAGUAAAAC